AUGGCCUUUUUCGAUAAACGCGUCCACUCUCUUCGGCAGCGGUCUGAGAAAGAUAGCCAGCCCCUUCCAAAGUUUACACUCGGGGCCAUCAACAGGGAUGGCUCCUUCCAUUAUGCUAAGGCUUUUGGAGAUGAAGUUGACAAACCUCACGGCACCAAUUCUGUGCAUUGGCUCGCCUCUGUCAUCAAGUUCAUCACUACCAUUGCUGUAAUGCAGUGCGUCGAGAAGGGACAGUUAGACUUAGAUGGUGAUAUAGCAAAAGUGUUACCAGAGUUCAAAGAUCCGCAGAUCUUGACGGGCUUUAAUGAAAAGAAUGAAGCUAUCUUCAAGCCCUCCACAAAGCCUGUUACCCUUCGGCAAGCACCUAUUGACUCACUCCAGCGGCAUUGCUUAUGUGUUCAUGAAUCCGCUUCUGAUUCGCUACCAAGAGUUGAAGAAACACCAACUUUAGCCAAUCGAUCUAUCGCACAGAAGUUUCCCCACCGAUUUCUUGUGUUCGAACCCGGUGAGCGAUGGGUUUACUCCCCUGGCCUUUACUGGGCUGGCCUCGCUGAUGCCAUCUUCCAUCCCGAACUGCGAGAAGAUCUGCAAGCUCGAAAGGCCAGAAACUGGGAGCGAGACAGCCAAAGCCUGAAAGAGCAGCCGAAGCCUGUUUAUGCGGAGAAUACCUUGCACGAUUUUGGAGGAGGCGGCUCAUUUGCAACUGUGGAGGAUCUGCUCAAGAUCUACCAGAGCGUCCUGAUAGCGAAGCUACUACGACCCGAGACUGCUAAGGAGAUGUUCCAGCCUCAUCUGGAGAAUAUCGGGGGCCUCGAUAAACCAGAGGAGUACUCGUCGUCCACCCGCAAUGCUAUCUGGAAUACCGUCCCAGAUGACGUCCCUCUUAACUUUAGGAUUGGAUGGAUCGACCUUAACAAUGAUGUCGCCGAUCUAUACCUUUCUCAACUUUUACCUACCGGAGAUGAAAAGGCUAUCGAUAUCCUGGCUGAGUUUGAGGAGUUUGUAUACUCGAGUUUGGAUAAGUCUUGA